AGAAGGGAUGGAGGUCAGAGAUUGCCGGGCAACAGGGGCCACCGUCGCCUGCAAAGGCUACCGAAUCGUGUUGCUUUGACUCAUCCUUCUCCCUCCUCUGCUUCUCUCUCUCUCUCUCUCUAUCUAUAUAUAUGUAUAUAUGUUUAUACUUGUAACAGAACACCCCAACCCAAUUCCACUCCACCUUCAGCCCAGCUCUCUCUCUUGCUCUCUGCUAUCUAUACGAGCAAAAGGAGGAGGAGGAGGAGGAGGAGGAGGAGGAAGAAGAAGAAGGUUUCGGAUGAGGAUGGUGGAAGAGGAAGCGGAGGGAAUGGUGAUGAUGAGGCGAAGCGGACCGUACGAGAUGGUGGCGAGAAUGGCGAGCGGGAACGCGGUGGUGGUGUUCAGCGUCAGCGGCUGCUGCAUGUGCCACGUGGUGAAGCACCUGUUGCUGGGGCUCGGCGUCGGCCCCACCGUGUACGAGCUCGACCAGCUGGGGAAGGGCGGCCGCGAGAUCCAGGCGGUCCUCUCCCACCUCCUCUCCGCCGCCUCCCCCUCCCCCUCCACCUCCAUCUCCGCCGCAGCCGUUCCCGCCGUCUUCAUCGGCGGACAACUCCUCGGCGGCGUCGAGAAGGUGAUGUCGUGCCACAUCAACGGCUCCCUCGUCCCGCUACUCAAGCAAGCCGGUGCUCUCUGGCUCUGAACGCCUCCAUCACCUCUCUCUCUCUCUCUCCCACUGUAAAUAUACGUGUGUUUCGAAUUCUAUCAAGUAUUUGCCAUGACAAGGCAAAUUCUAUGACUGCUUAUGUCGCA